GAAAAUUCCUCAUACAGAAUCUAGGACCAAUCCCCAUAAAUUUGAGGAAGUCUUACAAAAGCUGAAGCGGAUAGAGUUGAGUUGAGUUGAGUUUAGCGGUGUGUUGUGUCUGUAAUUUAUAAUCUACUUAGAAUUUGGGUUUGUUAGUUAUUGUGAGAGAAAAAUGAUAUCGUUGUUGGCGAACUCAGCAAUGGUAAGAGGAAGAGAUGAAGUGUAUGUGGCAGCAAUGGCUCUAAGGGCUACAAAGGGACCACCCCAGUUGCUUAUGUCUGCUGCCUAUUCCCUCAAUUUCUGGGAUUUCCAGCAUUUCAUGGUCAUCAUCAAACCCUCUUCACCUUCCCAGGUUCUGGUUUUUGACUUUCAACCAAAAGACCCCGAAGAUAUAUAUGUGGCACUAGCAGCUCUAUAUGGUAGAUCAGUGCCAGGAGCUGCUCUCGUGAGAAAGUUAAAAAAGUUGCCAACAAACAAAUGCUGGUUUGUUGGAUAUUCAAAAGAGAAUGCUGUGGAAAUAGCAAGAGAAUUCAACCAAAAAUGGGAAACAGAUUUGAGGAUCGGCCUUAAUGAUUGUCGCGAUUAUACCAAUAGUUUGGUCAAGCAACUGACUGGCGAAAAAGAAGUGCUGAAACGAUUGAGAAAACUUGUUAGUUAGAGGGAAUCCAUUUUCGUGCCAGAUGAUGACCCUAUUGAAGAGUUCUAUGAUGCUUUGAUCAUUGUUGAGCACCUUCAACGCUUCACUUGGAUGUGAACUAUAAACAUCAUCACCUUCAUGGGGUUCUGAAGACUUUCCCCUUUUGUGACGCUCUUUUCUUUGCUUCUAUAUAGCCUCUGAAUCUCUUUUUGUUCUUUUAUUAUAUUACGGAGCUAUAAAUGAUAAUAAAAAGAUUACGAGAAAGUUUGGUACCUCAUUGUGUAAUAUAUUAAUACUCUCCAAAACAAUGUGCAGUUCAUGUCCGUAUCAUAUCAUGUUAAAUUCUAAAGUGAGUUUAUGUCAACUUACGGAAAUAAAAUAAUUUAUCCCU